AUGCUGCGCGACACUGAAACUCUUCCAGAAGUAUCCUUCGCUAUGUUUGGAUCCGCGAAGGGUGUUGACGGUGCUACGGACGAAGAUGUUGACGUGCAAAGCUUGUACGCGACUGAUGGAGACUGCACCAGCGUUAAAUGGAACUUUCGCAGCCUUGCAACAUACCACGCGGCUUUUCAAUGCAUACAGACGGACGCCGCGGUUCACGGAAGUCCGCGAAAGGUGUCAUCAGCGCUGCAAAGAAAGCCGCCGGCAUGGUGGUCUCUUCGCGACAGCCAUUGCCGGUGUCGAUCAUGGUUGUAG